UCCGUUAUUCCGUUAGUCGUUUUCUUCGUCAAAGAUAAUUUUCGCUCCUUUUUUCUUCAAAUUUCCCAAGAAAAGCUGAAUUUUCUGCAAUGUCCGAGCAAAACAACGAUUCGUCUUUAGACGAUUCCGUCAUCGACAAACUCUCCGACGACUUCCUCGAAUUGAAUAUUCGAAACGAUGAGGAACUAAAGUUGCAAUAUCAGAUGCUCGGCUUCAUUUACAAGAAGAAUUACCUUAAAUACGUUCACUUGGCAUGGGUUUGGCGUGAAUUUUUGACAAUUUAUCCGCAAAUUCCUCUUUCUGACAUGGAACUGAAACUAGAGUUUUGCAUUCGUGUCCUUGCAAACAUCGAAAAGUUCCCGCUUUUGUCGCCGGAACAAGUUUUCUACUUCAAGUCGCGCAUUUUCAACCCGAAUGUCGAUGAUUUGUUGACCAAAUGCGACUUGGAGUCGGGAUUGGAUUACGUUAUGGGAGCCGAAGCAGCUGCGACAAUCCUUCCCUUUGACGUACAGACCUUUUUGGAAGCGGAAAGUGUUGAUUUAUUCGGAAAACGACCUCAAACGGGACCAAUUCCGUUGCGUCGCGGGGUUGAAGUCGAAAAAUCUCCGGAUCGCUCACUCACUCAAUUGCUGCGUUUGUUAUUUUUGUCUCCGGCAGAGUUCCGCUCUGCCUGUGGCAUGUCCUUAACGAAUGACAAUGUAAAGUCCCGCAUUGAAGACGGAUUGCGUCGCAGAACGGAUUUUAUUGCUUUCGUUGAAGAGCAUUUCAAAUCUCUCACUGAAGACGAAACGACUCCCACUGAACGACAAAUUGAAGUUCAACCAAUUAGCACAGCACCGCUCCAACAAACCCCAGAUUUCAAUGUGGCCAUUUCGAGUACUCCGUUGACACAUACAAAUGUUGCGAUUCGACGUACUUUGUCGCAGCCGAUUGCCGCUCGAACUCGUGCCCAUCAAGAUCGCGAUCGGGCAACGUCAGCAGAUCGCACUGGCGAAAGCUUGAAUCGCUUCACGGAACGCAUGAAGGCACGUUCCAAGCCCAAAUCUCGCAGAUUGCGAAUGUAAGACGUACUAAGAAGCUUUUAACGUGGCAAAAGAUUAAAUCAGAAAAAUUCUGGUUUCUAUAAGUUUAUUAUCUCUUUGAUUUUUCGUUUAUUCUAAUAUACAUUUUUUUGGUAGAUGCAAAAAAAUAAACUACAAAAUCACACUUU